AGAGUGUCUGCGGGGCGGGGCUCGGACUAAGGACUGUUUAGAAGCAAAACUUUAGCUCUACACGUUUGUAAAAACACCAACAAACAAUGGACAGGAAACAGAAUCUGAACCGCAACGAGACCUUCUCCUUCGUCAACCCCUGGAUCAGAUAUUUUCUCUUCUUCUUCAGCUUUCUAUUCUGGGCUUUCUCAUUGUUAAUUGUUGCCAUCGGGGUGUAUGUUAAAGUCCAGAAAGCUACAGACACGGUGCGGGACACGUUCCUGAUCGACCCGGCUGUGAUCCUAAUCGUGGUGGGGGUGGUCAUGUUCUUCAUCACUUUCUGCGGCUGCAUCGGAGCCCUGCGAGAGAACAUUCGCCUCCUCAAGACAUUCUCCUUCACCCUGACGUUUCUCUUCCUCACCCAGCUAGCCAUAUCCAUCAUGGGCUUCUUCUAUUCUGAUCAGACCCGGGAUGCUAUGGGAAAGUUUGUGAAGAAAGCCAUCGUGCACUACAGGGAUGACCUGGAUCUGCAGAAUCUGAUGGAUUACAUCCAGAAAGAGUUCAAGUGUUGUGGGUGGAACAACUACACAGACUGGUCUUGGAACCUGUACUUUAAUUGUACUCAUGAGAACCCCAGCACGGAGCGCUGUGCUGUGCCUUACUCCUGCUGCACUCCUGUUCCUGGAGAGACGGUGGUCAACACUAUGUGUGGGUUUGGGGUUCAAACCCAGAAAUACCUGGAGGCAAACAAGUUAAUCUUCCCGUUGGGCUGUGCCGGCAAAGCGGUGUUGUGGAUCGAGUCUCAUCUGUUGCUAGUGGGGUCCCUUGCCCUUGGUCUAGCCUUGCCUCAGAUUGCAGGCAUCGUGCUGUCCCAGAUCCUGAUCUCUCAGAUCCAAGAUGAGAUUACCUCAGUGUUGUGAGAGCGGGCCGGCGCAGAGGAAGAGGAGGGAGGAAGAGGAGGGAGGAAGAGAACAUACAGUGCUCUACUCAGCUCGUCUGACGCGCGCAAGGACAUCUUUUCUCACGGCUAUUGUAUCACUGCAACGUUUGAACACAUGAAACAUUCUGACCAUGCUGCUGCCUAAGAGUGGGGUGCACAAGUAGUCAUCACAAGCAGAGUGCAAAUGAGUGUAUAUUUAUUGGUUUUUUGAAGAUGCUUUUUUAUAUUGACUUUCACAUGACGAUUAUAUUUCUGAAUAACUUGUAAAUGUAAUGUUUGCUUAUAAAAUAUAAAACCAGGUUAGUUAAACAGAUCAGUAUUGAUUAGAGAGAUAACAUAAUCAUCUCAGAGGAUAUAAGGCUAUUGAUCAUGCAAAUUAGCAACUUUGUUUUAUAUAAGCUCGUAAACUUAAGAAAUGUGUUAUAAAGCUUAAUCAAGCUUAAUUAAGAGUUUCCUUAAGCUAAC